AAAAAAUAUCUAUUCUUUUGCAUUAAAAAAAAAUAUUUUUGCUCUCCUUUCGGAAUGAAGUAAUAGAUUUUAUGCUACAUUAAAAAAUGUCAGGUUUAAAUUUAUUUCACACUCGUGAAGCGAUCCGUGUGAAAGUCAAGAAAUGUGAAGGUCUUCUUGCACCGGAAUACCGUAGAUUUAGCGUUGAUCCUCAGAUAACUUCAUUUGAAGUGCUUCAAAGUUUAUUAGCUAGAGCAUUUGACAUAAAAGGUGAAUUCUCUAUAAGUUAUUUUGCCAGAGAUGAAGAAGGAAAAGAUACAUAUUUAUCUUUAUUAUCUGAUUGGGAUUUGGAUGCUGCUUUCUUAGGAUCUUCUGAUCCAUGUUUGCAGUUAAAAGUUGACUUAAAACCUUUUGAAGAGGGUCUUGAGGAUUGGGAUGUUGUGGCGCCGAUCGAUGUAACUCGUAGCAGCAAUACUGGAUUUUUAUUAGAUCGAUCUUCAAUUACUGGUACUAUUUUAAAUCAUAUGGAAAAGACAUUCAAUAUGGUACAAAGAGCUUUGAAUCUUUCUGAAGCUGAUAAUGAGAGUGACAGUUUCAAACCUGCAAAGCAGCCUAUGGUCGAUUCUGAAUUUCAUGGAUAUUUGGAUUCUGAAGGGCGUUUGAUUAAACCAAGAGAAUUAAGGUUAUCCGUUUAUCAACGAGGUAUUGAUCCUGCUUUACGUAAAGUUGUAUGGAAGCAUAUUCUUAAUGUAUAUCCAUAUGGCCUUACAGCUAAAGAGAGAAUAUCAUAUAUGAAACAACGUUCAAUGGAAUAUCAGAAAUUACGACAAACCUGGCAAGAUAUGAUUUCUAAUGGUAAUUUAACUGAAGAAAUUCAGUAUGUAACUAAUAUGGUAAGAAAAGAUGUCCUUCGCACUGAUCGCACUCAUAAAUUUUAUGCUGGAUCUGAUGAUAAUAAAAAUGUUGUAUCUCUUUUUAACAUUCUUACUACAUAUGCCUUAAAUCACCCUAGUGUAUCUUAUUGCCAAGGUAUGAGUGAUUUGGCUUCCCCAAUUUUAGUAACAAUGAAAGAUGAAGGCCAUGCUUAUGUUUGUUUUUGUGCAUUAAUGCAAAGAUUAAAACCUAAUUUCCAUUUAGAUGGCAAAGCUAUGACAUCUAAUUUUCAACAACUUACUGAGCUGUUAGAACAUUAUGAUUCACAGUUUUUUGAAUAUCUUAAGACACAGGGUGCUGAUGAUCUUCUGUUUUGUUAUCGCUGGUUGCUAUUAGAAUUAAAAAGAGAAUUUGCGUUUGAUGAUGCUCUUUCAAUGUUAGAAGUUUUGUGGAGUUCUAUCCCCCCAUCUCCACCAGAAAAAGAAUUAUCAUUAUAUGAAGAAUUAUUUUCCGCAAAUACCUUUCGUCCUCAGUCUCCUCGGAUUCAUAGUCGUGAAAAUCCAUACACUAAAGUGCGCGCUAUUCGGAAACAAAAUUCUGCUUCAUCUAUUCGGGGAUUGAUGAAAAGUAAUAGUAAGGAAGGCAAUGAAUGUGAACCUGAAAAGAAAUCUGAAUCACCCAUUGAACCUACCGUUACACAAGAAAAUCCACCUAAUUUGUGUAAAGAUCAACCUAUAUCUUUAAGCCGUAGGAAUAGUGUAACAGAAAUUAGUAAUGAUGAUUCUCAGGAUUAUUUGCCUAUGACAACCUCUAUGACACGGGAGUUAAGGAUGGAAUUAGAAAAUUUAAAUCGACAAUUGCCAGGAUCCUUUUUACAACGCUCAGUUACAAUAGAUUCUGAAGAUUUAGAUUCACCUCGAUCACCAGAUUGUUUUGAAUCGCCUCGUGAGAGUAUAAAUUACACGCAGCAUUUACACAAUGUCGAUCAAGCAGCUGAAGAUGAUGCUCCUGAGAGUUGGACGAGUGAUGAUUUAUCUGGUAUGGAUCAAAUAUGCAGGCUAGGCUCUACAAAGAAACCACAUAAGCAUCCGGAAUGCUUACAUUUAAAUGGCAGUGUUGAAGAAGAUUCUACUUAUUGCUGUACUCCUGAUGAACAGUUCGAUAUUGAAUUUGAUACUCAAGUGAAAGCAAGUUCAGAUAUUCCUUGUAAUGGUGAAAUUUUGGAAAAUGAAGAAUCUGAAGAUAAAAAUGGCUGUGCUUGUCAUUUGAAGUCAGUUAUACCCAUCAGACUCGUUCAUAGCCCUGGCAUUGAUAAUAGGUAUCAAAGGCAUGGUAGUGAUAGCUCUGAUUCUCUUUCUGAAAGUUGCCCUGGCCGAAUUCAAAGUGAUAACGACUAUACUGCUCAUGGUUCUCAAAAUUUAGAAGGUAGUUCUGAGAAUAUCGUUUCAAAGGAGAGAUUGCUUAGUGAUGAAAGAAUCUAUCGUAAAAAAACGACUCUUUUGCAAGAUCCUAAUGAUGUAAUGUCAAAUUCUUGUAUUGAAGCAUUAGAAUAUAGUGGUAAAAGUCAAAAAGCCUCAUUACCAUCCCCUUAUGAACUUGGAGGUGGCAAUCCUUUUAUGUUAUUUCUGUGCCUAACAUUACUACUUCAGCAUCGUGAUAUAAUAAUGAAGAGCCGUAUGGAUUAUAAUGAGUUAGCAAUGCAUUUUGAUAAAAUGGUCCGUAAGCACAAUGUUCAUCGUGUUCUUCAUCAAGCUCGCGCAAUGUUUCGAGAAUAUUUACAAAUGAGCUGUCAAGAACAAGAUUCUAAUCCUUAUGUGUGA